AUGUUCGUGUAUAAAAGAGAUGGACGCAAAGAGCGCGUACAGUUUGACAAAAUCACGGCUCGUGUCUCAAGACUGUGUUAUAGCCUUGAUCCAGAACAUGUCGAUGCUGCUGCUAUUACUCAGAAAGUCAUCUCGGGAGUCUACCAGGGAGUGACGACAAUUGAGCUAGAUAAUCUUGCUGCGGAAACUGCUGCAUACAUGACUGUCACCCACCCUGAUUAUGCCAUCCUUGCUGCUAGAAUCGCCGUGUCCAACUUGCACAAGCAAACCAAGAAACAAUUUUCGUCCGUUAUCGAAGAUCUCUAUAGAUAUGUGAACCCAAAGAACAACCGCCCUGCUCCCAUGAUAUCCAGAAAAAUAUACGAUAUUGUAAUGAAACACGCCGAAGAGCUGAACUCCGCUAUCGUUUAUGACCGUGAUUUCAACUACCAGUACUUUGGGUUCAAGACACUGGAGAGGUCGUAUCUACUAAGAAUCAACGGCAAAGUUGCUGAACGUCCGCAGCAUAUGAUUAUGCGCGUUGCCGUUGGUAUUCAUCAUGAGGACAUUGAUAAAGCGAUUGAGACAUACCACCUGAUGUCCCAAAAAUUUUUUACCCACGCUUCUCCCACACUUUUCAAUGCGGGAACACCUCAACCACAGAUGGCUUCCUGCUUCCUUAUUGAUAUGAAGGAGGAUAGUAUUGAGGGGAUCUAUGAUACACUGAAGACAUGUGCUCUGAUUUCCAAGACUGCUGGGGGUAUUGGACUCAACGUUCACCGAAUCCGUGCAACUGGCUCCUACAUUGCAGGAACAAAUGGCUCCUCUAAUGGGAUCAUUCCCAUGCUUCGUGUCUUUAACAAUACUGCCAGAUAUGUGGAUCAGGGCGGCAAUAAACGCCCUGGUGCUUUUGCUAUUUAUCUUGAACCUUGGCACUCUGACGUAUUUGAGUUUUUGGACCUCCGUAAAAAUCAUGGUAAAGAAGAAGUGAGAGCCCGAGAUCUUUUCCUCGCCCUCUGGACUCCCGACUUGUUCAUGAAACGGGUUGAGAAGAAUGGCGAUUGGACACUAUUCUGUCCAAACGAGGCAUCUGGACUCGCCGAUGUCUACGGAGACGAAUUCGAGCAGCUAUACGAACAAUAUGAGAAGGAAGGCCGCGGCCGGAAAACCAUCAAGGCUCAAAAGCUCUGGUACGCUAUCUUGGAAGCUCAAACCGAGACUGGAAAUCCUUUCAUGCUUUACAAGGAUGCCUGUAAUCGGAAGAGCAACCAGAAGAACCUUGGAACUAUUAGAAGUUCUAAUUUAUGUACGGAAAUUAUUGAGUAUACUGCCCCCGAUGAAGUCGCCGUGUGCAAUCUAGCAUCACUUGCUUUGCCAACAUACGUUGACGCUAUCCGCGGCGAGUACGACUUUGGUAAAUUGCACGCAGUCACCCAAGUUGUGGUGCGCAAUUUAAACAAGAUCAUUGAUAACAACCACUACCCCGUUCCCGAAGCUCGAAAGAGUAACUUCCGUCAUCGCCCAAUUGCUCUUGGGGUUCAAGGACUCGCUGAUGCCUUCUUGGCUCUACGUUUGCCUUUUGACUCCUCUCAGGCUAAGCAGCUGAAUAUUCAGAUCUUUGAGACAAUUUACCAUGCCGCUCUGACUGCAUCCUGCGAACUUUCAAAGACCGAAGGCCCAUACGAAACAUAUGAAGGUUCUCCUGUUUCUCAGGGAAUUUUGCAGUAUGAUAUGUGGAACGUAACACCUUCUGACCUUUGGGAUUGGGUUUCUCUUAAGAAAGAAAUAGCAAAACACGGUGUACGCAACAGUCUUCUUGUUGCCCCUAUGCCCACUGCUAGUACCAGCCAAAUCCUUGGCUUCAACGAAUGCUUUGAGCCAUACACCUCAAAUAUCUAUUCUCGGCGAGUCCUUGCAGGAGAAUUCCAAGUUGUUAACCCAUGGCUUCUGAAAGAUCUUGUUGACCUUGGACUUUGGUCUGACAACAUGAAAAAUCGCAUCAUCGCUGAUGGUGGCUCAAUUCAAAAUAUUCCCAAUAUCCCCGAUGACAUCAAAGCCCUUUACAAGACUGUAUGGGAAAUUUCUCAGCGGACUAUUGUUCAGAUGGCUGCAGAUCGUGGUGCUUUCAUUGAUCAAUCCCAAUCCCUCAAUAUUCAUCUUAAGGAGCCCACAAUGGGCAAAAUUACUAGCAUGCAUUUUGCUGGCUGGAAAUUAGGUUUGAAAACCGGCAUGUACUAUCUUCGGACUAUGGCUGCUUCUGCCCCAAUUCAAUUCACGGUUGAUCAAGAGCAACUGAAAGUUGCAGAUACCAAUGUUGCGAGGACAAACGGCUUGGGAAGAAAAAGGAUCGGUGCUUCAGGCAGCUACUCUAGCACAUAUUCUGCCGUCCCAAGGCCAAUGUAUGAUCAAAAACAGCCAAGUGGACCUAUUGUCGAAUCUCCAACAGCUGAAGACCCGAAGGGCGUUCCUGCGUUCAAACCAGUACCAGCGACAGGCCCACCCGAUGAGGAGUUGGGGAAGAAGAAAACCGAUACAGCAGACAGCCCAGUUGAAGGAGCUGAAAAUUCCGCUGCAGUCACUGCCACCACAAAUGGCACCGAGAAGACUCAGACUGAGCAGGAUAUUUAUUCACAAAAGGUGCUACUAUGCAGUAUUGAAAACAAAGAAGCAUGUGAGAUGUGCAGUGGUUAG